AUGGCGCGAGAACUGAGACCCCGAAAACCGGCCGUCGAGAGCCAAAAACCCGAGGGCAAGCCAGCCAAGGCGGCUGAGAAGCCCGUCGCGAAGGGCAAGAGAAAGGCCACCGAGGCUCAGCCCGAGUCUCCCAUCCCCCGAAAGCUGCAGAAGUCGACCAAGAAGAGCCUUGCAAAGGAGCCCAAGGAGAAGCCUUCGCCCGCCAAAAUUGACAGGAAGGCUUGGAGGAAGACCAAGCCCUCAUCUCCUCCCCCCGGGUUAACCGAUUCCGAGGAAGAGGAAGUCGAUGCUGAGGAGGAGGAAGUCGAUGCUGAGGAGAAGGAGGUCGAUGCUCUUGCCGCCGAGCUUGAUCCCGAGGGCGAGGGGGCUACCACUGAUGCCGGUCUUUACAAGCCUGGGCAGCCUGUAGGAAAGAUUCCUGAUGUUUCCCAGGCUGUGCAGAAGGCCGCCAAGGCCGCCAGUGACGGGGAGGCUGGUAUAAUCUACGUUGGCCGCAUCCCCCACGGUUUCUACGAGCACGAGAUGAAGCAAUAUUUCUCCCAGUUCGGAACUGUCACUCAGAUCAGGCUGUCGAGGAACAAGAAGACGGGCGCCAGCAAGCACUUCGCCUUCAUUGAGUUCGCCGAGGCCAGCACGGCCGAGAUCGUGGCCAAGACCAUGGACAACUACCUCCUGUUUGGUCACAUCCUCAAGUGCAAGGUCCUCCCCAAGGAGCAAGCCCACGACGAUAUCUUCAAGGGAGCGAACAAAAGGUUCAAGAAGGUGCCCUGGAACAAGAUUGCCGGCAAGAACCUGGAGAAGCCAUUGAGCGAGGCCUCAUGGAAGAAGAAGGUCACCAAGGAGCAGAACAAGCGCAACAAGUCCGCAGAGGUGCUCAAGAAGAUUGGCUACACGUUCGAGGCACCAGAGAUCCAGGCUGUCCCACCCCCUGCGCCCAAGGAUCUUGAGAAUGCCGAGAGCAAGGCCAUUGAGGCUACGCCAAAGGAGGAGGCCACAGAAAAGAUUGUCGAGGACGCUCCAGAAGAAGAGGAGAAGCCCAAGUCGAUAUCUGCUCCCAAGACCAAGGUCACCAAGCCGAAGGCAAAGAAGGCAGCAAAAGGAAAGAAGGCCAAGGCAUGA